CAGAGACAUAUAAUAUGAGAGAUACGGCUAAUAUUGCUCUCAUGUUUUCAUGUUUGAAGGUAAUGAUUGGACCUGCGAAUUGUUUCCUCUUCGCUUAAUGGGUUAGUUAAAAACAAUACAUAAGUAACACCACAAACCAUUUUUGGCUGAUGUUGAAACGAAGUCUUCCUUUUGCCCUCAACGAACGGCCGCCUUUGCAAACCAUUGAAAAUCUCAGUCACCAUCUUCGAAGCUGCAAGGAUUUGAUAUCUUCAACCUCCAUUCACUCCAUAGCCCUUAAGCUUGGAUUCUUGAACCAAACUAUCACCGCCAACCAUCUCAUCAAUUGCUAUGUCAGAUUCCGUAGAGUUGCAAUUGCACACCAACUGUUCGACGAAAUGCCUACCCGAAAUGUUGUCUCAUGGACCUCACUUAUGGCAGGAUAUGUCGACGACGGUCGACCGAGUCUCGCUCUAUCACUGUUCGGGGCAAUGUCGAGAACCUCGGUUAUGCCCAACGACUUCACUUUCGCAACCGCAAUCAAGGCCUGCUCGAUCCUGUCGAAUUUAAGAGACGGUGAAAAAUUCCAUGCCUGUAUGGAGAUUUUUGGUUAUGGAGGGAACGUUGUGGUGUGUUCUUCGCUUAUUGAUAUGUAUGGGAAGUGUAACGAUGUUAUUCGAGCCAGGAGAGUCUUUGAUUCCAUGUCUUGCAAGAACAUUGUUUCUUGGACUUCAAUGAUCGCUGCUUAUGCUCAGAACGCACAUGGCGACGAUGCGUUAAAACUAUUUAGGGAGUUCGGUAGCUCGAGUUGGGAACGUCCAAAUCAAUUCAUGUUGGCUAGUGUGAUUAGUGCUUGUGCAUGCUUGGGCAGGUUGGUUUCGGGAAAAGUCGUGCAUAGUGCAGCGAUUCGUCUUGGCUGUGAUUCGAACGAUGUCGUUGCUAGCGCGUUGGUUGAUAUGUAUGCUAAAUGUGGGAGUCUUGAGUAUUCUGAUAGGGUCUUUAAAAGAAUUUUAAACCCUUGUGUUAUUUCUUAUACUUCAAUGAUUGUGAGCACAGCAAAGUAUGGACUUGGGAGACAACAGUCCCUUGAACUCUUUGAAGAAAUGGUGAGAAAAGGGUUGAAGCCUAACCAUGUCACUUUUGUUGGUGUCUUGCAUGCUUGUAGCCAUUCAGGGCUUCCUGAUGAGGGCCUUCAUUAUUUGAAUUCCAUGUAUGAGAAACAUGGGAUAAUGCCUGAGACUAAGCAUUAUACGUGUGUCGUCGACAUGCUAGCUCGAGCAGGCGAGUUAGAUAAAGCAUACCAGUUAGCAAAAUCCAUGAAGGCAAUGCCUGAUGACGACCAGGCGCUGUUGUGGGGAGCGCUACUUUCGACUAGUAGGCUUCAUGGGAGGGUAGAUAUUGCAGCGGAAGCCUGUCAGCGGCUGGUCGAUGCCAAUAGACAAGUCGCGGGUGCAUACGUCACUUUGUCGAAUGCGUAUGCAUCGGCUGGGGAUAUGGAGAAGGCUCAGAGACUUCGAGUUGAGAUGAAGCAUAGUGGUGUCUAUAAAGAACCGGGCUGCAGUUGGGUUGAGAUAAAAGAUUCGAGUUACGUAUUCUAUGCUGGGGAUGUUAUGUCGUGCCCACGAGGCGAUGAAGUGUUGCGUUUACUACGAGAGUUGGAACGGAAAAUGAAGGACCGAGGCUAUUCGAGAGGGAGGAAGGGAUUGGUGUUUGUUGAUAUUGAAGAGGAGGCAGAGGAAGAGAAGGUUUGGUUGCACAGUGAGAGAUUGGCAUUGGGGUUUUGUUUGAUUAGCAUUCCUGAAGGACUCACCAUAAGAAUAAUGAAGAACUUGAGAAUGUGCAGUGAUUGUCACGAGGCUUUCAAGCUUAUAAGUGAGAUUGUGGAGAGAGACUUUGUAGUUAGAGAUGUCAACAGAUUUCAUCAUUUCAUUUGA